CCAUUUUUGCUAAAUAGAAUAUUAUACCCUUUAGAAGAAUAUGUUAAACUGAAAUUGGUUGAAAAAUCUUCGGAAAAAAUUUGAAAAAUUAAACAUUGAGAAUUUCGUGUCAUAAAAAUUUAACCGUUAUUGUGAACGUAAUGAACGGUGCUGUUUAAUAGAAAAGGGGGAUUUAUUAGAAAACGUUUCUUUAUUAAAAAGGAAUUUUACGUAUUCAGAGGGUUAUCUAAGAUGGGGUCCUCAUAUUGAAUUUACAUUAAUUAGAUUUUCUUCUGCAUUUUUAGAAACCUCUUAAAAUAUGAAAGGCAAGAUAUCCCUCCUUCUUCUUCUAAUGCGUUUUAUCCUUUACAUCAUGGAUAUAAUCUCCGACAUCUACGUGACUGUUCAAUAUUACCAGAACGGCGAGACCUGGUGGUGUUCGAUAACUCUUAUUUUUGUGAUUGUUCCUCAUUUGAUAAUCAAUACUUACACUGCCCAUACAAAUGUCGGUUUAUUUUUUCUGACCCCAUUUCAAGCAUUCCUAUUGUGGAUUUUCCAAAUAUCUAUCCUUGUCUCGUUCAAACAAGAAUUCAAUCGAUGGAAAAAAGAAAGAAAAGAAGAUAAAGUACACGAUCUGCAGGAAAUGACAACAAAUAUGUCUUUAAAAAUGAUUCAUACAUUUAUUUGUCUUGCCGAAGCGUUUGCUGAGUCAGCUCCUCAAUGGUGUCUUCAGAACUAGAUUAUGAUCAGACAAUGGCAUUUUCCUUGGUAUACUGUCAUUUCAACUUUCUUGUCUCUUUUAUCUUUGGCUUGGAGCAUUACAUCCUUCGAAAAUUUACAAAAAAACCGUAAAUGGAUCAGAGACAGGAACUUCCUUGUUGUUGGUUGAAUCUUUUCCAAAAAUAUCCCUGGUUGUGUUUCUUGUCGCACACCUGUCUUUGUUAAUCUCGAGAUUAACCUCACUUGUAAUAUUUGCAUACGUGUUUCGCUACUAUGUUUUUGCCAUAGCUGGCCUUCAUUGGCUGUUGGUCUUAAUAGCAAUUUGUGCCAUUAGAAGAUUUUUCCACCCAUCGGCGAUAUCGAUAUUUAUAAAUGUAGGUGUGCUUAAAGUACGGUUGAAAAAAAUAAACAAUGUCCUAAAGGUGUCCCUCCUAGCAUAUUCCGUGAUGUUUUACUUAUCAAGUGGUAUCUCAAACAUGAUUUUCCCGGAAAGAUGCCCGAACGUUUCAGAGUUGUUGUUUUCGUGUUUUACGCAAUUUUAUUGUUGGAAAAUGCUGCUAUGGUAUUACUUGCCAUAUAUGGCGAGGCUGCUCACAUAACUAUCGUAACGAAGAUCAUGUUACCGCUAGUAUUUGCUGGAUUUUUCUUGGGGGUAUUGUUCCUUGUGCUGUACUACAGAUGCUGUCAUCCUAGCAUGAUCAAGACGCAAAAUGUUCGAUCCAAUAACACUAAAACAAUUGUUUUGAAUGAAAGCCAAACAAACGAAGACGAGUAUGAAAUGAAUCGCAUAAAAUGAUGAUGGAUUUUUUACGAGCUUACAGUAUGGCAGAUGAAUUUUAAUAAUUAUUUUUUUAUAUUAGCUGCGUAAGCUUUUUGUUUGGUCAUAAAAUGAUUUGGAAACUACAUUAACUUUUUAGCAAGAUUAAACCCUCUUUUUGUUUGACACUUGUCUACCCCGAAAAACCACUGAGGGGGAAAUAUUCGGGAUACCUCGGCAGCCUUUAUUGAAUAUCUAAUUGCCUACAGAGACAGAAUCCUUAUUCAAGCCCCUAAUCUCCUUCUCGUUUAGAUAAACACUGCACGUCUCUGCACAAGAGCGAGGCCACAGUCAUUGAUAUGGCACGACGAAAUUCUUGUCGACGCCUGAGUAUUAACUGGAUUACUUCUGGCAUUUUUAAUUGUGUAGCCAGCACGACGAUUUGGUCCCGUUAUGCAAAUUUCAUCUCAUUAUUCGAAUUCAUUUCUUUAGAAAUUGAGUGCGUUGAUAGUUUAUGAACAUGGCAAUGUUUCCAUAGGGGGACUGGAUCAUCGGGCUGGCCAUACAACUGUGCAUGUUCAAUGAUGAAAUGCGCAUAUUCGUCCAUAUUAGAGCAUUAUAAAGUGCGCAUGUUGAACCAGA